AUGGAGAACAUUUUUAUGAUAACUGGUGCUACCGAUGGUAUCGGAUUGCACACGGCGUGCAAGCUGGCAUCAGUUGCUGAUGUAUUGAUUCUUCAUGGUCGGAAUCCUGUCCGACUUGAAGCUGCUGUUCGGCAGGUUCAAGCUCAAUCUUCUUCUCUCAAGGUUCACACAGUACUUGGAGAUCUUAGUUCUAUACUAGAAGUUCGGGAUAUUGCAAGACAAGUUAUCAGCCUGGUUCCUUAUUUAAAUUGUUUGAUAAACAAUGCAGGCGUGUUCUCCCCUAAUUAUCAGCUGAGUAAAGACGGCGUUGAACUCACCUUUGCGGUCAACGUUCUGGCUCCGUAUCUACUCACUUCUUUGCUCAAGGAUUUGUUGUUGAAGGCUAAGAAUCCUCGUCUGAUCAACACAAGUUCAAUAUCUCAGAGCUCGUCAGUACCCGGAGAAUACCAGCUUCAUGAAAGCAACUAUUCCAAGUAUGAAGCAUACGCUCAAAGCAAGCUAUUUGAUGUGAUGCUAACUAUGGGACAGGCUGUUGAUUUACCAGAUGUUAUUGUUGUAUCCCUGGAUUCUGGUACAGUGAACACCAAAAUGUUGUGUUCUAGGCUGUUGAUUUACCAGAUCGUGUUGUUGUAUUCCUGGAUCCUGGCUGUUGAUUUACCAGAUGUUGUUGUUGUAUCCCUGGAUCCUGGUACAGUUAACACUAAGAUGUUGUUGGCUGGGUGGGGGGAAUGUGGGAUUCCAGUAUCUCAGGCUGAUGACACUUAUUGGCUUGCUACUACACAGGAAGUUGAUCUGAGUAAUUCAGGGGAUUAUUUCAAUAAUAGAAUUCCCAGGAAGAAGCAUCCAGUGUCUAGGAACCAUAUUCUGGAACUUUUUCAAUAUUUGGAUAAUAUAAUCCAGGAAAAAUCAUAG